AUGGAAUUUUUAAAAAGUUUUGACUCGGAUGACGACGUAGAAUUCGUCGAGACAUUCUUCAAUGUUGUGCAACACGUUCACGCCGAAGAAAGUUCGAAUGCAGCGCGUACAAGAACGGUCGUCAAUCGUGAUCGCCAAGCCGCACACGACUUAUUGGUACGUGAUUACUUUGCCGAUAAUUGUCUUUAUAAUGACGACUCGUUCGAACGUCGUUUUCGUCUGAAUAAGGCUAUAUUUUUACGUAUUAGUAAUGCUUUAGAAUCUCGUUAUGAUUUUUUCAAACAAAAACCCGACGCUAGAGGAAGAAUGGGUUUUAGUAGUAUACAAAAAUGUGCGGCUGCUCUUAGGUAUUUGGGAUACGGUAUAGCAUUUGAUGCAUCUGACGAAUACUUGAAAAUAUCCGAGAGGACCGCGGUUGAAUGUGUAGAUUGGUUUUCUGCAUGUGUUUAUGAGGUUUUUCACGAAGAAUAUUUGCGUAAACCUACUCAACGUGAUAUUGAGAGAUUAUAUUCGGCUCAUGAAGAGAUGCAUGGAUUUCCCGGUGAACCAACUAUCAUCCUAGAAGGUGUUGCAUCUCAAGAUUUGUGGAUAUGGCAUGCCUUUUUUGGAGUAGCGGGGUCCAACAACGACCUUAAUGUUCUUGGUCAGUCUCCAAUUUUCAACGAUAUUUGGACCGGCAAAGCACCUGAUAUGACGUUCACGGUAAACGGGCACGCGUACAAAUAUGGUUACUACCUUGGUGAUGGGAUAUACCCGGAUUAUUCUACAUUGAUGAAGGCAUACUCAGUUCCUCGAAGUGAAAAAGCAAAAUUGUUUACAAAAAAACAGGAAUCAGCGAGAAAGGAUAUCGAGAGGGCAUUUGGAGUCCUUAAGCAAACAUGA